GACCACUAUUAAAGCGAUAAAGCUUGAAUUAUAUUCUAAUUAUUAUCAAUUGAUAAGUAAAUAUCAUCAUGUCUUGGCAAGCAUAUACUGACAACUUAGUUGCUACUGGAAAACUUGAUAAAGCAGCAUUAUAUUCUAGAGCUGGUGAUUCAUUAUGGGCUCAAUCAUCAGGUUUUCAAUUACAAGCUAAUGAAAUUUCUGAAAUUGCUAGAGGUUUUGAUGAUCCAAGUAAUUUACAAGCUCAUGGUUUACAUGUUCAAUCUCAAAAAUAUUUUUUAUUGAGAGCGGAUGAUAGAUCUAUAUAUGGUAAACAUGAAGGUGAAGGUAUUAUUGCUGUUAGAUCUAAGCAAGCUAUUUUAAUUGCUCAUUAUCCAGCUGGUAUACAAGCUGGUGAAGCUACAACUAUUGUUGAAAAAUUGGCAGACUAUUUAAUUAGUGUUGGUUAUUAAUGGAGUUUUGGUGUAUUUAUUAACUACAGAUUUAAACGGUUAGACGUCCUUUACUUGUAAUACCCAAAUAAUACGGUUUUUUAGUUUAUAUAUAUUGAAAUAAUUUCACUAUAUUUUAAAAUUUAUAAAGUAUAUGUUUUAUGUUUUAUUGUUUUAAUUAAAUACUAAUAUUAUAUUAUAUUAAAAUUAUUUUGUAUUAA